AUGCCAAUUCGCGUUGCGAAACGGGUGCUGGCGUCAACCUCAUAUCGUCAACUACCCGCGCCGUUACUUGGAGCAUUGGCACAACGCCUCUACUCGACACACCCUCCAAAUGCGAAACUCAACCUCCCAAUUGACUACUCAACGACGCCCCUGCUAUCUCACACUUCUCAGUUGGCACUGAGCAGCCCAGAGUUAUCAGCCGAAGUACGCAAUGGCACGACGAAGCGGAUGAACUUCUUUCAGGCCAUCAACGACGCGCUUUCGCUCGCCCUGGCCACGGACGAGUCGGUGCUCAUCUUCGGCGAGGAUGUCGCCUUUGGCGGCGUCUUCCGAUGCACCAUGAAGUUGGCAGAAACGUACGGAGGCGAUCGGGUAUUCAACACGCCGCUGACGGAGCAGGGCAUCGUGGGCUUCGCGAUUGGUGCAGCGGCCGAGGGAAUGCGUCCGGUGGCAGAGAUCCAGUUUGCCGACUACGUCUACCCAGCGUUCGACCAAUUGGUCAACGAAGCCGCCAAAUUUCGGUACAGAGACGGCGCAUGCGGCCGGAGCGCUGGCGGAUUGACAGUCAGGAUGCCCUGCGGAGGAGUCGGGCACGGGGGGUUAUAUCAUUCGCAGUCACCAGAGAGCUUGUUCACCCACAUCCCGGGACUACGAGUCAUCAUGCCCAGGUCUCCUUUGCAAGCGAAGGGCUUGCUGCUGUCUGCGAUACGAAGCAACGAUCCCUGCCUCUUCUUGGAGCCCAAGAUUCUCUACCGGGCAGCUGUCGAGCAGGUCCCGACCGGUCCCUACACCUUGCCUCUGUCAAAGGCCGAAGUGCUGAAAGAAGGGAAGGACGUCACCAUCGUUUCGUACGGCCAACCAUUGUAUAAGUGCAUGGCUGCUCUUAAGCAAGCCGAGGAAGAUCUUGGCAUAUCAGUGGAGCUCAUCGACCUGAGAACGGUCUAUCCUUGGGAUAAAGAUUGUGUCUUCGAGAGCGUCCGGAAGACCGGUCGCUGCAUGGUUGUCCAUGAGGCCAUGAUCAAUGCCGGAAUAGGAGCAGAGGUAGCUGCCGCCAUCCAGCAAGACUCCGAUACAUUCCUCAGACUCGAAGCACCGGUUGCUCGGGUAGCUGGCUGGAGCAUACACUCUCCACUAUCAUUUGAGGCUUUCAAUAUCCCGGACGUAGCGAUACGGUCAUGCUGGCAAAUGGUCCCACAGCAGGAGAAGUACCCCGCAUCGCGUUUCGCUCUGAGCUCUCUCGACAUCAAGGCUUUGACUAUAUCGACCCCAAACCUCGUCAACGAACUAGGGCCCGCCUUCGAGAAGUACAACGAGGAGCAAUUCGUCACGGUGAAGCUCCCUGGUAGCAGCCAACAUGUGAUCAUAAGCUCCCACAGCUCGCUCGGCGGAGGGAGAUACUACGACGUGGAAAGCUCGUCAAGUUUCGACUUCGACCAUACCACACAGAAAGCCAGCGCGGUUCAGAGCUACGUCCUGGAAGGCCCGCAGUCAGAGAUAGUAAAGUCGACACUCAAGAGCCUCUCCACAUACGUCCAGGACCAUUUUGCGAACGCAGCCUAUGGAGUUUACCCAAUAGAGAACAAUUCCAAGGUUGCCAUCGUCAUCGUCUCUAACAAAUAUAGCCCGAAUAACUUCUGGAACGGACGCUGGCGCUCUCAAUACAUCUUCGACCCAUCCUCUGGCACCCUCGAAGGCUCCAUCAAAGUGGACGUCCACUACUACGAAGAUGGAAACGUCCGUCUCCUCACGAAUAAGCCUGUCAACGUGUCGGUUUCGUCUGGGGCAGGCAGUGGAAUCGCGAAGGAGAUUUCGACGAGCGAGAAAAAGUAUCAGGAGGAAUUGAAUCGGGGAUUCAACAACCUGAGCGAAGGCGCAUUUAAGGGCCUGAGAAGACAGUUGCCAGUAACCCGACAAAAGAUCGAGUGGGAGAAGGUCGCAAGCUACAGGUUAGGCCAAGACAUUGGAGGGGGUAGUUCAAGACGGUAG